GAGGAAGUGAGUCAUUUCUCCUUCACAUUCAUUCAAAACCAAAAGAGGAUGUUAAAAUAGUGUAUUUUUGAUCAAGAUAUACCCUGUUAAACAGAAAUAAAUGUAUUUCCUUGACAGAAAAUCAAGCAUAUAAAAAUGUUUCAAGAAUCUGACUACAGAGAAAACCUGUCAUUGAUGUUAUCAGAGGUUUUACAUGACAUUGGUGUCAAUGAAAGAAUGAUGAUGAGAAGGAAAAGACAUUACAUGCUGGCAGAGACUAUGAGUAAUAUCACUUACAGGUUAAUUGAUGAAAAUAUGACUGAAUAUUUACUAGGGAGUAAGACAGAAGGUACAACUACUAUAGGACUUGAUUCAGACUUGGACAUACUAUUCUGUAACCAUGAAGUCAAUAUAAUACAAGACCGGUCAGAUUGGGAACAUGGCAAGUCAAACUACCUCAUGAUACAGGAUGAGAACACUACCCCUGGAUAUUGUUUCUUACAACUGCUCCUACCUUAUGAACCUCUUCCUGUGACUGUCAUUCCUAAUGAACAACAUAUUAUUGAUAGAAAUGAAAGAAUAUUGUGUAAAAACACAAAAAAAGUACAUAUACACGGUGUUGUAGAUCAUGGACCAUCCUUGUUCAGUCAAGGACAACAUGGAUAUUGUGAUAGAGAUCAUGUGUUAGCUUUACCAUGUAAAUCAUGGCCUCAAUCAGCAUUAGGUUGGUUAGAUAGACAAGGUAUUAGCAGAUGGCCAACAAUAGAGAUGAGAAGAUAUGCAGCCAGUACUAGGUGUUUUGUUGUUCCAACUGGAAGUAAGGUCAGUGAAUAUCCUGAAUUGGAAUGGAGAAUAUCUACAUCACUGGCAGAAAGGUGUUUAAUGUUCAAUUUAAAUAUAACACAAAUAAGGUGCUAUGUGUUGUUGAAAAUGAUUCUAAAAUCUUCCCUUAAUCCUGAAGGGACAAUUGAUAUAUCAAGUUUCAUGUGUAAAACAGUUCUAUUACAUUGUAUAGAAAACACAGAGCCAAGAAUAUGGAAAAAGAACAAUUUAUACACAUGUUUAACAAAUUGUUUAUUGAAAUUGCACAUUUGUGUACAGAAUGACAGAUGUUCACAUUUCAUUAUCCAAGAAAAUAAUUUGAUGGCAGGGAAAUUAACAGCUGAGACAAAACAUGAACUUUCAAAAAAUAUUUGUGAUUUUAUACAGAAUGGAAGACAACAGUUAUUUAGGAUUGCUAUUGAUGAUCUUGGUCUUAGACUGCAAGUUAAACUGAACAUGGUACCACAUGGAAUAUACAUUAUUCAGAAUUCUCCUGAAACGUACAAUUUAUCUCUUUUAAACAGUGGUUUUUUAUACAUUGUAUCUAAUAUAAGUAAGUAA